GAGCCCCGCGCCCGCCCGUCUGCUGCGCCCGCCGCGCCGCGCCUCCCCGGGCCGCCCGGUGCGCGUCCUCCGAGCCGGGCUGGCCGCCGACGCCCGCGAUGCUGCCCCGGCUCCCGGAUUUCCAGGCGACCACCCUCGCCAGGUUCAUGAACCACUGGGUGCCCGCCCACAAGAGGUACCAGCCCACGGAGUACGAGCAUGCGGCCAACUGUGCCACCCACGCUCUCUGGAUCAUCCCCAGCUUCCUCGGCAGCUCCAACCUCUACCUCCUGUCGGACGACGCCUGGGAGACCGUUUCCGCCUGGAUCUACGGCCUGGGCCUGUGCGGGCUCUUCGUGGUGUCCACCGGUCACACGGUCUCCCGGAAGAAGCGCCACCUCAGGAUGGUGGAGCGCUGCCUGCACAUGUGUGACCGCAUGGUCAUCUACUUCUUCAUAGCGGCCUCCUACGCGCCCUGGCUGAACCUCCGGGAGCUGGGCCCCUGGGCUGCCCACAUGCGCUGGCUGGUCUGGGUCAUGGCCUCCGUGGGCACCAUCUAUGUCUUCUUCUUCCAUGAGCGGUACAAGCUCCUGGAGCUGCUGUGCUACGUGGUCAUGGGCUUCUUCCCCGCCGUGGUCAUCCUUUCGAUGCCCAACACCGAGGGCCUCUGGGAGCUGGUGGCCGGAGGGGCUUUCUACUGCCUGGGCACCGCGUUCUUCAAGAGCGACGGCCGGGUCCCCUUCGCCCACGCCAUCUGGCACCUCUUUGUGGCCUUCGGUGCCGGCACCCACUACUAUGCCAUCUGGAGGUACCUCUACCUGCCCAGCACCCUGCAGGCCAAGGUGUCCAAGUGAGGCCCCGACGGCGUCCUGGGAGUGUUCCUGCGACUUCAGCCCAGAGCGGGCGCCCCGGCCGCUGCCCUCCUGCGGACGGUCUGAGGUCGGUGGCGGUGGCGGCCACACCAUCCCUCCGGCCCCAGGUGAGAAAGAAAGCGUUGGUCAGGGCUGAGGGGGAUUAACCCUGUGAUGCACUUACUCCCGACAAGUGUCUCCUGCCACAGUGGACGUGAGCACCUGCGGGGAGGGAGCGGGCUGCCCUGCAGGUGGCAGAACCGGGCCAGCACCCUCUUGCGUCCCCAGACGCCGGGCCGGGCCGGCGGUGGUUCCCACCGGUGGCCGGGCCUCCUUUUCUGCUACCAGAGUCCUGGCCGGGGUGCCCCUGCUCAGGGAAAGCCGCCUGGCGGUAGGGCGGGGCCGGUGGGACGGUGACCGGGCAGGCAUCACCCAUCGACCGCCGCCCGGCGCUGUCGGUUCCCACGGUGCUGGGGCCGCCGGACCAGCCGGCUGGCACUCACGGAGGCCCCUGGUGGGCACGUGGCCAGGCUGGUAAAUGUCCCGCGUGGGCUGUGUGUAUCUGCACGCCCUCUGGUCCUUUCUGGGAAGCGCCUGGGGUGGGCAGGGGAGCGGUGUAGGCCACGGGGCGCACACCCCGCUGCCUGGCCCGCUGUGCCGUCCUUGGUGCGGAGGGAGCAGCUGGGCUAUUGCGUGGCCAUGUUGUCUCACGCCCGGAAGCCAGGGGAGCUCCGAGAGCCGUGCCCCGGGCGCAGCGCCUCCGGGCCUGCCCGCUGCAGGUUAGGGCUCGUGACACUAACAUUCAGGGUCUCGCUUGGUGCCAUCAAUGGCCCUGGAAGGCUCGCCCCCGAGCCCAGAGGGAGGGCCCCCGAGCUCAGAGGGAGGGCACCCUGACCUCUGGAGCCCCGAGCAGCCCAGCCUCAGGCCUGGGGCAGCGCCAGCCCCUGCGCACCUGGCACACAGAUGGGCACUGGAAGGCCCCGCCCAGC